AUGGCGAGCAUAUUAGAAGAAAAACUAAGAGAAGCCUCCUCUCUGGGCGACUCGGAGGUAAUAUCUCAACUCCUGGCGCAAAACGUAGAUGUAAAUUCGCAGAAUCCCGUUAACGGUUGGACCGCGCUGCAUUGGGCGCACAAACGCGGCAAUGACCACGUCAUAAAGCUUCUUACCGAGCACGGCGGGAAUCCGGAGAUCAGAAACUUUAAGGGACAAACUGCGAGCGAAUUGAGAUACAACAGCUCGGAUACCGUUCGAGAGGAUUUAAACGAACUCGGCGUUAAAUUCAUACCGAACUAUUUACGAAAUCCAGCGCUUACUAUAGACUUCGACGUGAAUAAUAGGGUGAAAAAUAAAUCAUCGGAUUUCGCUAGUAUGCCCAUAACACCGUUACCUGCCUCUCAAAGCGAUGAUUUGGUAUUGAGAGUAAGAAUUCAAGGCUCGAGCGAUCCGGACUUUAUAGAAAUAGAGAUGCCUAGAUGGAAACUGAACUACAGCGGUCUGUUGACGACGUGCUGCAGUGAACUGGAAAUCCUGGAAAGCCAGGUGGAAAGGAUCAGAAAAUUGCCGAAUACUAGGUUAAGAAAGGACAGCGACGUUAGAAGAUUAAGGGACUACCAAGCUUUAGAAAUAGUACUUAGAUCUCCUUCGAACGGUGAUAAGUCGGCUAAUUCUUAUCAGAGUAUAUCGACUAAAAAUCAAACUAUUUUGUAUUGA